CACUUCCCAUGGAUCAUUAGCGUCAUGUGGGCGCAGGAAGCUCAAAGCGAUGAAGACAGGCUAGUGGACUGUACUUGAGCAAAUCGCUAAUUUAUCGGGUGUACACAAACACUUCGCCUGUUGUAAAAUAUCCCAGUCAUUAGCAAACUCCGGUUCAUCCGAGGGGUGUUUGUACUUUGGACGAACUCGCAUCGUCAAGCAGGAAAUCGUCUAAAAUGAGAAGACUCCUCCAGUGAAUGCCCGACUUGGAGAGAAACGAUGGUGCUGUCCAAACUGUCAACCCACUGAGCUCUCCGGGAGAAGACAUCUAAUGAAAAAUUACUGCAACGUUACAAAUUCUGGCAUGGAUGACAAGGCGAAUGGUUCCGUUGACACCAAAAGCCCUGUGGAGAACGGCCAGCUGCCAGACCCGGCCAACUGGGGGGUAGCAGAUGUCGUCAAUUACUUCAAAGCAACAGGGUUUGAGGAGCAAGCCACUGCUUUUCAGGAUCAGGAAAUCGACGGCAAGUCCCUGCUCCUGAUGACACGUAAUGAUGUCCUGACGGGACUGUCAAUAAAGCUGGGCCCGGCACUGAAGAUCUACGAGUACCACGUGAAGCCGCUGCAAACUCAACACCUCAAGAGCAACGCCUCGUAGCACCACAGGCCGGCCCGACCACCCCCCCUACCCCCACCCCUCGAUGACAAUCAACGUGUCAGGAGACCCCAGGUUAGCUGCCGCUUCACAAAGACUCCUCUGGCCACAGUGGCACCUUAACGGGAAGACAGGAACGAUUUGAAUGCUGUAUGUUUGUAUAAGUGUGGACCCUAAAAGUGGGUUGUUCACGGGGUCCACUCAGCUGUUUACCCUUUCAGCCAUUCUUAUUUCUGCUGCUUGAAAUAUGUAUUUUAUGUUUUGUUUUUUAUUUAAAAAGAAGGAAUUCUGGGGAGGGUAUUCUGCUGGUAGGAUUUGUGAGCGUGUCUGUUUGUGUGUGUUUGUGCGUGCGAAGUGAAUUGACCUAUGUUGGUUUUAAAAAAAAAAAAAGUAUUUGUAUUUAAGAUCAUAUUAUAUAGUUGAAAAAUGUGUAUGUUCCGUCGUAUGUGAACACUUUGAUACGUAAAGAAACUUAUCUGAUGCAUCCCAUUUUGCCCUAAGAUCAGUUUUUAUGCUCUAAACUGCACAGCUGAGUCUAUAAGUUGUUCAUAGCAUGCUACAAUGAAGCAUCUCUGUUUUUCCCCAGACACGAGAAGCAGACUGAAUGCUCCAUUUUCCUGCACUCCUACUGUAUCUAGGCUAUAAGUUCUUGAUAUGGAAUAAAUUCAUGUGUAUAGACCGAAUCUCAUUCAUAUGUUCUUAACCUGUGGUGCUUUCAGCAUUGUCUCAAAGACAAGUGUAUUGAAGUGUGUGUAUGACCAAUGUAUGUCCAACGUAACACUGGAGUUUGAAUUUCUGAAGAUUUGCAAUAAACGGUGCUCUUUUCUCACCAAAGAACA